AUGCCCACUCACAUCCACAAUGUGACUGAUAAUGCUAUUUCAAGUAAAAUUCGAACUGAAACUAGUCUAAGGAUACAGUUUCUCGCUGAAGUUGCUCCCCUUGGUCCACAAGGUAGCGUAGUUGACAACAAUGGCGUCUCGUCCACUUGUAAAUAAUUUUGAAGUUCCAUCAUGGGCAGGCAAACCACCACCUGGUCUUCAUUUGGAUGUCAUGAAAGAUGGCAAAAUGGUUCAGAAACUAAUGAUUGAUGAGAAGAAGUGUUAUUUUUUCGGAAGAAACAAACAGCUUUGUGACUUUUGUAUUGACCAUGCUUCCUGUUCACGUGUCCAUUCCGCCCUAAUGUGGCACAAACGACUUUCUCGCCCUUUUCUUAUGGAUCUUGGCAGCACACAUGGGACAUAUCUCGGUCAAAUACGAUUAGAAAAAAAGAAACCGCAGAAUGUUCCAAUUGACAGUGAAAUACAUUUUGGUGCAUCUACACGAAUAUACAUAAUCCGAGAGAGGCCACAACCUCUUGCAAGUCAGCCACUGGAAGACGGCAAACGGGUGGAGGAGCAUGAUGUUAGCUUGUUGGGUUUACCCGAGUCCGAAACUGAACUGGAUAAUCUGACAGAGUUUAACACUGCACAUAAUCGGCGGAUUGCAUCGUUAGUUGAAGUGACUGACGUCCCGAACCCUCUCAAACGAAAACACAAAUCUGUCAGUGUAAGCUUCUUUGAAGAAGAUGAAAUAAUCAAUCCAGAGGAUAUCGAUCCAACAGUUGGCCGAUUCAGAAACCUUGUCACCACAAUGGUUAUUCCAAAGAAGAAAGCAAAACUAGACAUUGGGUCUCAGCAGGCCGGAAGCAUAACAGACACAAUAACAAAACGUUUACAGAACUUUUCGUACGGAACACACCUGUAUGGAGAUCUACCUGCGGCAGGUGUGGCUGGUACGUCAGCACUUGGAAGUACAUACAGCAUUGCCGCAAAACUCGGACUGCCUGUGCCAAACCUGGCUCCAGAUCUCGAGCACGAGGCGGCUCCACCUCCUUUGGAAAAGCCUCAAAUCAUUGGAUUCACGCCAGAAGAACCUUCCAAAGAACCGAAAAAGAAGAAAUAUGCAAAGGAAGCCUGGCCUGGGAAAAAACCAACACAUUCACACAAUCUCCUUGUAUAGCAUUCAUAACAUUUUUGGUUCUUGUUAUCAACAGACAUGGGACGAGAAUUAAAAAUGGUUCGUUUUUAAUCCAUAUGUCAUUUGGAUCAUUUUAUUCAUUCAUGUGGUUAGAAUGUGUUUUGGUAUCUUGUUGGAGAGAGUGUUGCAUCACCAGGUUACAUGUGACAAAUUCUGUGGUUUGACUGAAGUUACAGAGUCAUCCUUACCUAUGUGACGGACUAGGAUGGAUGUCUGUGUUAAAUUUGAAUGAUCAUCAUCGACAUCUCUUGUCCCGUAUAGACUCCAGACAGCCCUGGUUGUCAAACAGUAUGGACUGCACUGAUGUCCAGCGACUACAUGAGGAAUAAUGGUUGCAUUUGUUUUCACUGAUUAAGGAAGCAACACCAAAGACCAGUUGUUAGUUUGUCUCAUCAGUUUACCAUUUCAACAGCAGUCCGAUUUUGAAGAUAAUAUUGUUUACAGUUGUCUCCAAGAAUAUAUUGCGUUAUUUGAAAUCUAAAUAUUUUAUAGAUAACUUUUGAGCUGUGACACAUUACAAAAACAUGUAUUUUAGCAUGCAGCUCUUAAACUAAAUUUAUUAUUAUUAUGAAAAAAAAAAUAGAUUGUUAGAUACAUUCUGUAAUCGGACAGACAAAAUUAUGUGUUUAUUGCUAGAUAUACACUUGUAUCAUUUCAAACAUAAGAACUUGUAUUUAAAUUUAGUUUUCAUUAAUGACUUGGUGUGAAAUAUUUUCAUUAAAAAUGAUAGUACGGUGAGUAAAUUAUAGAAAACUGUGAAUCCAUAUUAAAUUAGUGGUUGACACAUUUUAGUACAAUUAUACUGACAGAAUAAACUGACUUGACACCAUUACUGUCACUUUCGUUAUACAGUGCAACCUGUCUAAAUGGAACCCUGAACAAACCAGAAUCCUGUCAAAACCGGCCAAGUUUCAUAGUCUCAAAUUUUCUAAAUUGUAAAAUGCGACUUGUAAACCCUGGAUCCUGUCUAAAUGUGAUAAAUAUUAGGUCCCCGGUGAGAUCCGGUUUCACUGUAUCUUCAUUUCCUUCCACAGAUAUAUCUACUUACGGUUCACACACACUGUCCUGGGCACACACCUCGGCUAUCUGUGUUUUCUGUGGGGGGCAGGUUACGGUCACCGAGAGAAAAGUCUUACGUACUGGCCUUGAACCUCCCCACUGAUCCGGUGAUACUGGCUCUCUGGGUGGGAGCUGGUGCCAGCAUGCAACCUCAUAACUUGCCAGCCUUACAACUGAAUGCUGAAUCAUUAUUGCAGUACUGGCAGAGUCUAGGAAAACACUGUCUGGUAUCCCCACCUAGCCUGUACUUAGCAUAAUUGUUUUCUAAUCAAGUUGGUUGACAUAUUGAUGUUGCUGAAUGCUGUACAUAUUGUUAUUUUGUCUAAAAUCGAAGACUGUCAUCAAAUAAUAUUGGUUUGCUGUAAUCUGGCCAAACAGCAAGUGGAUCAGUGUAGGCAGUUGAUUUGUUUUAUUUGAGACAAAUAUAGGGGAAAUUGAAGGAAAAAAUUAUGACUUAAAACUUUUUUUACUUCGGGAAGUAUCUAUCAAAACGAUUUGUGAAAUUUGGUACUACAGGUAUGUUCAUGUGAAGAUGGAUCACGGUUGUCAGCAGUCAUGUAUUUCAUUUAACAAAAUGACUUGCCAAGUUUAUUGGUGGAAUUUUAUUACAUGUAUUUAAAAUAACAAAUUGUAUUUCUGAACAAAGAAUUAAUUUUAAUUGCAUAUUGUUAUACACUGGUGUUGAAUAAUUAUUAUUUGAAGUUCUGGGUUAGAUCUUAAAAACAUUUUGUUUUCAAAAACCUGACGACCCAGAAAAAGGCCAACCAUACUUGCAUUUUCAAUUUUUAUUUUAAUGACCGGGUAAUAUAUAAGUGAAAAGAGUUAUUACGUAAAUAAUGUUUUUAACUGAAGGUAGUAAAAAAAGAAAGAAUUUGACCAUCUCUUCCUAAUUUUAUUCAGCUACUUCCCAGAAACAAUUUCUUUUUUAGGCCUUAUGGUUUACUGUAUGUAAUGUGAACCUUACACAUUUAUGUAUGUUAUAGAAACUUUUAAAUUAAAAAUUAUGUAUGCUAUAAUUUACAUUUGAAACCUUCUUUGCAUAUAGAGAGUAUAUUAUGUUGAGUAUGUUUUCCCGUUACUUUUAAAAUUGGCAAAUGAAUAGUUUUUAUCUUCUCACCACUAACAAGUGUGUGAUAUUAAGUUUGUUCAAUAAUCUGUAUGUGACAGUUUGCAUGAUCAUGAAUUUGGGGCUUUUGGGUCAGUUUUUACAUGUUAACUAAUGUUUAGUACUUAAGUUGACACGUGUCUGUAUAAUAUAAUAUAUAUAUUUAAUGAUGGAAGUUGUACUUCAGACUCCCUAUUCAUAAACAUACGUAAUGCUAGGAUAACACUGUCAACUGGCACAAUUAAGUUGACCAACUCGGCGGUUGCGUUGUAAUUUCCCCAACUGCCAACUUAUGGGUGCGCUAAUCAUCGUAGAAGUCGUUUACAGUUGUAACGAAAAAUCAAACUCAUACUACCAACUGGACAGUCAUAGAAGUCAUGAGAACAGAAAGUUGGCCGACUUGUGCUGGCAGUUGGUAGUCUAACACUAGCGUGAUAUUUAUCUACAUACUUUAGCUAUGUUGUUGGUAUCAAACAUUGACUUAAAUAUGUUUGAGUACAGAGCCAGAGUAUUAGAUACGACCAUAGACAUUGAUUUAAGAAUUACUAGUCUAAAAAAACGGCAGUCCUGUUGUUACUCAUAGUUUUUUGUACACUAUUCUGUUGGUUAAUUCAAAAGUUUGAAAACAAAUUUUAAAAGAGAUGAUAUUAUUAUAAUAAAACGGGUAAAAACUUUUUUCAUCUCAUUCUGUAAUCAUUGUUGUGACUAGUAUAUACCAUAUUUUACUAUGUACACUAGUCAUUAAAUAUAGUCAUCGUAGAUCCCAAAGCAGUUAUUUCAUAGCAGUAAUUUAUCACGUCUUCUUUGGCUAAAUUCAAGUACCAGUAAAUAUUUUCUAAAGAAAGUAUUUAAAGAUUGCCUUAUUUACAGGCUGUCCAGCGAUCCUACUUUUUUGUUUCAAAAUGUUGUGAAUUGCUGUUAAAGUGUACAUAUUGCUUGUGUUAUUAUCAAAGUCAACACUGACAACAGUUAUGGGAAUAAAAAAAAAUAUAUAGUUUUUUGCAGCAAUAUAUAUACAGUAAAGUACACUUAUAACGAAGACGCUUAGAACGAACUACUGCAUAGAACGAACUGAUCAUAAAGUCCUAUUUUAUCUCCCUAUACAUUAAUAAACAAAAUAUGCAAAUGUGUACAACGAACUACUGCAACAACAAACUAACUAUCAUAUAUAUAAUGUGACUGUUACAAAAGAUUCAUGUUAUUUUGGAUAGAAAAGAAAAUAUAGGUACAAACUGAGCACCACAUAAACUAUUUUAAAAGUGUUUUCUCAGUAAUACCACUUUUUGGAUUUAAAACAUUUGUGUUCCCAGUAUGAGCAUGCUUAAUGUUGCUACAUACUGUUUCUGUCCUACUUUGUAUUUAUUAUAUAUGUAUUGGGUUAUGAACUGAAUUAAACCUGAGUAAACGUAAUUAGCAAGACUUGCUAAAAUUUACAUCUCUUCAUUACCAUGCAUGUCUAUUGGGAAAGAUCCAGAUUAUUCUUACAAUCAAAUUUACAUCACUUUGCUUCUGUCCUUUAACCAUGGUGUGAAAAUGGAGAUUGUAAUGGUGAACAAAUACUGAAUGACACUGUUACUUCCAUGUAAGUAUCGUUAUUAUUGUGUGUUAUCAAGAAAUACAUAACAAUGUCUUAUUGACAAGGCCAAUUAAUAUUGAGGAUAACCAAACAUUGUAGUUGUAAAUUUGUCUUCUCCUCUUCUUUUUUUUUGGUCUGUGGGAUGGUGCAUAUAAAAGAUCCCUUGGGAAAAUGUAGCGGGUUUCUUUUCUAAGACCAUAUGUCAAAAAUUACCAAAUGUUUGACAUCCAGUAGCCGAU